GUCCAUGCAGAGCCCUGACCGUCAGCUUCAACCCAAUCAAUAUGCUGGCACAUCUAAGCGUUCGACUAUCGGCUCGGGCUCGUCACCUGAAUCCCAAUCCUUGUCGCUCGCCUUCAAUAAGUUCACCUUAUACGAGAACCGCGUACGCUUCUACAUAGUGGCCUCGAACGUUUCGGAUUCACGUCACCGUAUCGUCAAAAUCGAUCGUACAACCCAAGAGGAGCUCACUGUCGUCGAAGAUGAAUCUGUGUACACAGGGAAGCAGAUGAGUGGCGUAUUAAAGAUGCUGGACGACGGAAACAAGCAUUCCGGAGGACUGGGUAAAGCGCGAGUGAUCUUCGGGGUUGCUGGUUUUGUUAGGUUCACCGCCGGGUGGUACAUGGUUAUAAUCACGAAGCGGUCGCAGGUCACUUUAUUAGGCGGCCACUACGUUUAUCACUGUGAACAAACGGAGAUGCUACCCGUACCUUUCAAUCACAAAAUCGAAAAGGCAGCGGAGGAGCAGAAGUUGAUCAACACAUUUAAGCAAGUCGACAUGUCCAAGAACUUCUUCUUCAGUUAUACCUACGACCUAACACGCACGCUACAACAAAACAUGACAUAUCCGAAUCCCAACUCUGACGGCAAAGCGAGCUUCAAUGAUCGCUGGACCUGGAACUAUCAUCUGCUAACGGCGGCAUUCAACCCAGACGUGGCCGGCGGCGUCAGGCAAUCCCCUUGGAUGAUACCCCUCAUGCAUGGGCAUGUCGAUCAGGCAAAAUUGACCAUACUGGGUCGGGUCGUAUACGUGACCCUCAUCGCGCGCAGGUCACGGCAUUUUGCAGGCGCUCGCUACCUGAAACGCGGGGUGAACGACGAGGGCAACGUUGCCAACGAGGUGGAAACGGAACAGAUCGUGUCUGAAGCCCUCACGACCGCCUUCUACCACCCCGGACAUCCCGAGAAGACAGAAUCACUCGCCGCACGAAGACGACCGUCGCCUUUCUACACGAGUUACGUCCAGUAUCGCGGGAGCAUACCUAUCUAUUGGACUCAGGAGGUGAACGCGAUGAGCCCUCGGCCGCCUAUCGAAAUCAGCGUUGUCGAUCCCUUCUUCACCCCGGCUGCUCGGCACUUCGACGAUCUUUUCAGACGCUACGGAACUCCUAUUACAGUCCUCAACCUUAUCAAGGAACGCGAACCCCAACCCCGCGAGUCCAAACUACUGGACGAAUAUACACAGUGCAUCAAAUACUUGAAUCAGUUUCUUCCACCAGAGAAGAAACUGCGGUAUCGCGCUUGGGACAUGUCAAGAGCGUACAAGGAAAAGACGAAAGACGUGAUCAGCUACCUCGAGGACUUCGCCGAGGAAUCGAUCCAGUCGACGGGAUUCUUCCAUUCUGGUCCGGAACCAUUUGCCCAUAGCCUCCGCAGCAAUCCUGAAUCGUCUUCCGAAAAUACUUGGCGCGACCACAUCUCCCUGCAGAACGGUAUCUGCCGCACAAACUGCGUUGAUUGCCUGGAUAGAACCAAUGCCGCGCAGUUUGUCUUCGGCAAGCGCGCGUUCGGACACCAGCUGUAUGCAUUGGGCGUCGUAGAUAGCCCCAAUCUGGCGUUCGACUCAGACGCAGUUAACAUGCUCACCGAGAUGUAUCACGAUCACGGAGACACAAUCGCCCUCCAGUACACAGGCAGUGCCCUCGUGAAUCGGGUCGAGACGUAUCGCCGAAUGCCGCAUUGGAACAGCCACUCGAGGGAUCUUAUCGAGAAUUUCCGAAGAUUCUACACUAACUCCCUCCUUGAUGCCGAUAAACAGAAUGCCAUCAAUCUGUUCCUGGGAGUUCAAAGCGAGCGGCCAACGUCAAGCCCGCCGAAACGUGGCGGGUAUCGAAAUUGGUUCAACCCCGCGCACCUCGAGAUCGCGUAUCCUCAGGAUAAAUGCGAAGAAGGUCUACAGGAGUUCGCACGUACGAAGGCAGACUUUUGGAUUGAAUAUUAUCGGCCGCUGCUGUUCACGUCCUUGGGGAAGCACUUUGCAUACUCCAUGAAUAGUACCCUCAAGCUGCCUGGUAAGACAGUGAAGGAUAUCUACCGGAGUCCGUUCCUGCCGCAUCAUAUUCCAACCCAUCCACCGAGGCUCAUGCAGGGCGUUCGACGUUGGAUGGGCUCACAGAACAAUUCUCAUGCACUGAAAGGUUCGAGCAAGGCAAUCGUAGAGACCGACACCAGUCGCUCUCGUCCGGAGGCAAUUACCGAUCCACGCUCGACCGAAGACCUUGCAGUUGCGUUACUCAAUCCCACGGUUCCCGAUGACGAAGAGGCGGAAUACGAAGUGUACAUUGGCCAGUAUGCCAAGAUGUUGGACGGGCCCGACACUCUACCUGAAAGAAAAGAUAUGCUCAUCUAUCAGAAAGCCCUUCGCGCUGGUAUCGGUGAGAUCCCGGACGCUGAUCUCGAUAAGCUAGACCCGAAGGUGGGGUCUUUCGUCGCCGUGAAGGACACACGAGGAGAGAGCGUGAGACCCACGUUCCCGUACGACAAGUGGACUGUCCUCUUCGACCGAUCAGGCGGGUUUUCUUGGGACCGAUACCUGCCACCAUCUCGGCAGGCCCCUUCAGUGUAGCUUUGCGGAAGUGACCAAUUCGCAAUGUCAUGGAGUUUUUCAUGCUAGGUAGAAUUCGCAAUGUAUGAUACACCAGACAUCGCUAGCACGACAUUAAUAGCAACCGUCAAACUGUAGUACUUACAUUAUGAACAUGGCAAAGGCAUACAAAUAGUUAACCGUCAUUGAAGGAAGGGAAAGUACACAUUGCGUAGUUGAUCACGAUUUAAGCGUUCCGAUGUGGGAAUCGUCGGGGAGGCAUAUAUCUAUGCCGUAUCUUCUGUAGCCGUCGUCGUUUGUCCACCAGCCUAAACGUACCCAGUAACCCGUGAGAAGUUUCUCCAAAUCUGUACGAUUUAGUGACUGCGCCGCGCCGUCUUGGAGAGACCGUAGGGAUGAGAACCGGCUGCCGGCAAGGAGGCUCAUACGGGCUGCGAUAGAGAAUGGCGGGGAUGGAAUGAACGACGUGGAAGGAAUGGUAACCGAUACGACUAUGACAGCCAGAAGGGCUGCGCCGAGUAAGCCCUCCAAGGCCCGUGUUGGGCCUUCGUCCAUCAUAAUCCGAGUCUGCGAAUACGUGUAGGUGCCAAGCACCUUGCGAGCGGGAUCCGUCGCAUUGAACGGCACGCGUAGGGACUGGCUAGCGAAAAGCGCCCAAUACGUGCGCCAAGCGCUCUUGGUCCAGUUGGUGAAAGUAUCGAUGUCCCACUCUGAUAAAGGCACGUCGGAGUGCUUGGCUUGCAUCAUCUCCAUCCAAAACGAUUGGCCGAACGAGUUAUUCCCAGGAGACGGCACGAAGUCGAUCGCGCUGAGAUUUCCGAGACUGCUCAAUUCAGGCAUGUAGCUUUGAAAAGUGUCCACAUUCGUCUGAUUUUGUUGGUCGGACAAGCUGAGGAUUUCGAAGGAAGAGUUCGACACGGAUAUAUGGGCCAGCAUGCUCGAGCUCGUCAUGCUGUAAUUGCAACCCAGCACAUACGAAUCCAGUUCGCGACUGGAACCAUUGUUGGGGGCGGAUGCUUCCCCGAAAAUCCACAUCUCCUGCCAGCAAGUUGCGACAUCGUCACCGAAGUAGCCAGCUCCGUCAGGAAGCUCGAUCGUCGUGGAGCACGCAUCCCCAAAUUCAGGGAAGUCAAUCUGGACCCACUGGUCCGAAAUUUGACUGAAGGUAUAAGUCAGGUUUCGGCAGUUGAAAAGAUCGGCCUCCAGCACGGGAACCCGCAGGUAAACCUCCGAACCGCCUGACAAUGACAUGGCCGCGGAUAGAUCAACAUCUCCGAUCGCGUAGUCGGAGGUCGUCCAGUUGGGAUAGGCCAUUCCGUACGAGUCGAUCUCGGUCAGAGCGAGGAGCAUGUCGUUCGCAUAAUACAGGUAAAGUCCUUCCGAAUCCACAGCAAAGUCGAAUGCCGUAUUGAAAGAGGAGUUGACCUCGAAGGUCAUGGGAGCGGUAUGAGUCACUGUGUCCGUAACGAAGAUGCCGGCGACUAAGAUCUUCGCGGCUUGAACGAAGAUGAGUGCGAGUGUUCCGAUUGCCACCGAUCGUUCGCCUUGACGCAACGCGGUCCAUGUUAUCGUGGCCGGUCCAUGGUGGAUCAGGUCUUGUGCCAAAGUGCGUGCGGAUUGUGGACGUUUGUGCAGGCUUGCAUACUGAGCGACGGCACGGGUGUUAAAGUCCAAGGCGCCGAUCGCCGCGCCAAUGACGAGAAGUACCACGGGAGAGAUGUAAGACCAGAAGUAUCGAUUCGAGCGAUCGCGGGAGUCGUAGUCAGCUAGGCCGUGAUGCUUUCGGUCACGUCGUAACAGGAUUUCCAGUGCUGCUAUUGUUGCCACCAACAGGCAAACGAUAACGGCCUUGACCAGUGGGUGUAGAAUAACCGGUUUCCAGAAUGUCGGUUCUCGAUCACACUCUAUCACCUCGUCCGAAGUAGGAAACGAGUCUGUCGUAACGCCGUACCGGCCAUCCACCUCCCGUGCCCUGAAGGAAGCUUGCUUCAACUCUUCGGUCAUACGCUUCUCACUGGCGGAACCAAGAGGGAGAAGUAGGCGAGCCAAGGCGGAGUCCGCAGUCACGAUAGUUGCCAAUGAAGCAAGGGAUGCCGGAUCGCUCGGGAGGCGCGUUUUGGGCCGAAUGAAGCUGAGCGUUGUAGCAGCGAUCGCAAGGAAAGCCAAUGCGCCCUGGAGGAUUCGAAAGGAGGCAUCCAAAGCGACAAUACGCCGAGCUUGUACCCGUGCCUGUCCCUGCAUGUUAUUCUGGGCGGAGACGAGAUACGUCACGGGAGCGACAUAGGGAAAGAUGUCCUCGAAGGUUCGCGUCGAUGCGGACGCGAGCUUGACCGAAUCGAGCAUGUCUUCGUACGAGAGCUCGCCGAUGAACUUGAUAAGAUGCAUCCAGGACGACAUGUCAUCGGUAUCCGUGGUGUUGACCCCCGCUUGCGAGUGCCAUGGCCACAUUGCGAGGCCAUUAGACGGGAUCGUGGAGUCCAGCCAACCGAUGAGCAGGGAACCGUUAGUCGGGGAGACCUCCGUUCCCCUAUCUAAGGCUGCUGGCGCCGGGUCGUUCAUGAACGAUCCACUACUUGCGUUGACAGAAGCGCUGACAAUGUGUUUCGUGAACGUCGGGCGACAUACUGUCGCUGAUCCAGCGAGGAAUGACGUGUCGUUGUACUUGACGGUCGUGAUAAUGUUGGACACGUUCCCCGCACAGGGCAUCUCUACGACUUGCCCGUAGUACACUACAUCCUGAUCUUGAGUCGUGCCCCCACAUCCGCCAUUAUCGCCCUCCAACAAACAGCUCGUCACGUUCAUCAACCGAUCGCAGCCACCGUACGAGAGCUUGACUUGCAUGGCGGCGAAAGUGUCCGUGAUUUCAGGAAUUUCAGGGUCGUCGACCACAGUCCAUUGAUACAUGCCAGCGUCCGAGACGGAGACCUCCUCACAUGAUAGCGAAGCGCUGAAAGCGUCCGUCUGGCCUAGGACUUGGGUGCUCUCGCCAUUGAGUACCGCUUCCGAGGCGAAAGGAGUGAUCGCCCACUGAGCCGUGGUCCAGUCCGGAUAGGGUAGAGAGUACGUGAUCCCGGCCAAAUAUUUGUACAGGAAGGCAAGGUCGUCCAGAGUUCCGUUGAAGGUGGCGAGAUCGUACUUGGACGACUGCGUCAACCGAACGUUAUCGAAAGUGGACGUCUUCGUCUCAAUCGUCCAAAGCGACGCGGCGGCUACGUUCGCAACGAUGACCAGCAGCGAGCCGAUCGCGGCGAGGAGGAUGGACCAAUGUCGUUUGCGCACCGCCUGGACCAUAGCCGACGCUGGGUUCUUCCCCACGUAGUCGAGCAGGAGCGAGUCCGAAGCGGGACAGGAGCGACCCUCCAUGGCGGCCCAAGGGACGAGCUUCUUGAUUUCGACAUCGUACGACUUCCACAGCCAGCCGAACAGGACGGUGAGGACGACGGGGACGUAUGUCAUGGAGCCAUGGAUCGAGGUUGAGGGAAUCGUGAAUCCGUCGCGAGCACGGGAGAGUCGGAUCAAGGCUUCCAAGGCUCCUAUCGAUGCGAGGAGGGAGAGAACGAAGAUGAUGAUCGUUGCGGGCCGCAGGAUCCAUGGCGUCCACGGGGAUCGUGCAAUGAAACUUCUUCGACUCGACGCGGUGUCUAAAGGAAGGAACGAGGGCAAUAUCGAGAGUGCGUUUUCUUCCUGACCUUUCUCGUUGUAAUCGCCGGUACCGGCCAACGGCGAGGCCGGAGGCCUAUUGGGGACGAAGGAUAGGAGCGGGAGCCCUUCAGCUCGCGAUGGCGACGACUGAUGAUGAGGUUCCAUGGACGCCGGACUCGACGGUGGGGGAGGG